CCAGGAGUUGGUGAUGGACAGGGAGGCCUGGAGUACUGCAAUUCAUGGGGUCACAAAGAGUCGGACAUGACUGAGAGGCUGAACUGAACUGAACUGAAUGCACUUGGAGGAACUGAUGUGUUCCUAAAGGAAGAAGGAAUCUGGGGAAUGGCGGUGAGAUUCAUCAUCAACAAAAUAGGAAUAAUCCAGCUGAAGCAAGGUGGGAGAGAGUGAGAGAGCCUAAGGGCCUCUUAUACUCUCAAACCACAGCAAAAGCUUCUCAGGGCACAUUGCAGCCAUUCCCCAAAGUGAUCUGCAGGACAGUCAUCAGGCACUAGCCCAUCAAAAAUAAGGAGUGGGUUUGAGAUGAUGUAUUUGAAAUAAUAAGCUGACAGAGGUCUUGGGAGCCAAGGUCUUAGGACCUGUAUCUUCCCCAAAAGUGCCCUGAAUUCAGCAUUGUGUGUAUUCCUCAGGAAUGUGUUACUGCCUGUAGAUGAUCCAUAUGAGAAAUUUUGUGCGAUAUCUGGACAGUCUCUUACAAAGACCCUGAAACCAAUGUUCUAAAAAAGGUCAGUGGCCACUGCCUCAGAAGGAUGUCAAUCCUGGCUUUCCCUCCCAGAGAAUUUUUUAAAAAACACUUGAGCCUUGAACAGUGCCAGGGGGUUUAGGGGUGCCAACCAUCUGUUCAGUGGAAAAUCCUCAAUUUUAUAGUCAGCCCUGGGUAUCCUUUCUCAGUAUCCAUGGUUCUGCGUCAGAGUAUUCAACCAACGCCAACCCUGCAGUACUGUAGUAUUUACUAUCGAAAAAUAUCUGCAUAUAAGUGGACCCACACGGUUGAAACCCAUGUUGUUCAAGGAUCAACUGUUGAUGUAUAUAUGACACCAACGCUUUGAUGUAUUAUCUCAUUUAGUCCUUAGAGGAGGUCUGCAAAUAAGCAUCAGGAGCCCCUGCUUGCAGUUCACGCAGUCAUUCAACAUAUGUUAAACACUUACUGCAUUUCAGGCACUGUGCUGGGGAUACUGAAGUGAUUAAUACAAAGGCAGCCCCACCCCCUUGGAGUUCACUUUCCAAGCGAAGAAGGAAAAGUGAGGACGUGAGAAGAUUUUAAAAAUAGCAAGAGAGAUAAAGGUUAAGGUCCUGAGAGAAGGAUUCAGAAAGGGGACUUCUCCCCCAGCUCCCCUCUCUCCUACUUUUCCUAUCUUACCCCCUGCAAGCUUCCGUCUCCCACCUCUUCUUCUCUCCUGAUCUCCCCUCACCCACUCCUCCACCUGGCUCCCAGCACCUCCUAUUUUCUCGUCUAGUUGCCCGAAGCAGGAGAGGGGAAGGGGGUGAAAGGGGAUAGGGGACGAGGGUGGGGGGAGGUGCGGAAGAGAUGUCCCCGCGAGCCUGCCCUCCACCUGCGGGCACAACGGUUUCUCUUUAGCCGCCUGUGCGCCCAACGCCCCUACUCGCUCCGCCGACCCUAUGAGCAACAGACUGGCUCCAGAAUGGGAAAUGAGGCCAGUUACCCGGCGGAGAUAUGCUCUCACUUUGACGAAGAUGAAAUUAAAAGGCUGCGCAAGCGGUUUAAGAAGCUGGAUUUGGACAGUUCCAGCGCUCUGAGCGUCAAAGAGUUCACGUCCAUGCCGGAGCUGCAGGGGAACCCGCUGGCGCAGCGGGUGAUCGACGUCUUCGACACCGACGGCGACGGACAGGUGGACUUCCGGGAAUUCAUCCUGGGGACCUCCCAGUUCAGCGUCCGGGGAGAUGAGGAGCAGAAGCUGAGGUUUGCUUUCAGCAUCUACGACAUGGACAAAGACGGCUACAUUUCCAACGGGGAGCUCUUCCAGGUGCUGAAGAUGAUGGUGGGGGACAACCUGAAAGACUGGCAGUUACAGCAGCUGGUGGACAAAACCAUCAUCCUCCUGGACAAAGACGGGGACGGGAAAAUCUCCUUCCAGGAAUUCAGUGCUGUGGUCAGAAGCCUGGAGGUCCACAAGCACUUGGUGACCAUUGUGUGAGUUUUAUAAGGUCGUCACUCAACAACAACUUUUUCUUUCUUCUCUAUCUCUUUAAAGAUCUGCCCAAGAGGCCCAGUAACUGCCAUCUCUGAUCUACUGGAAAGUGUCUCUCUUACUGAAGCAAGAUCUUCCAGUCUCUUGACCACCUACCUCAGUGUUACUAACUCUUCUGCUCUCAAUGAUUCAAGAUAAUGCCCUGAGUUGGGGAGAACAUGAUGAAGGAGCAUGGAGGGAAAAGAAAAGGAAACAGCUUUUAUGAAUGUAUUUUUUUUUCUUUGUUUUGAUUCAGAAACCAAACUACAAAGAGUGAAGAGAAUUUUUAAAGUUUAAAAAUAAGAAAAUACAUAUAUUUUCCUUUACUUCUCAUGGUUUUAUAUAUGGGGAAAAAAUUCCCAAAAGGUGCUAGGUGAACUAUUUUCAUUUACUUGUGGUGUUCAAGCAUCUUUUAACAGAUGAUUAAUUACUUAUUUUAGCAAGAGGGACGAAUCUAUUUCUCUUGGCUGAGCAUCUUUUAAUCACCUCUCUCUGGGCAACAAAAGCCCAUCUUUCCCUUUUGAAAGCCUCAGACCACUCCCCACGGUACAUCCAGAAAUCCUAGAGCAAGUCCUAUGGGCUAGGAAUCCAGCUGGGUUCCUCCUGUCUCAUUGCUCCAGCUCCUUUACAGUUUCUGUUCGGGCAGAAAUUCAGAGGCCUUGUAAGAAAGGCUAAGACAAAAUCCCCAGUCUAUCAGUCUCAGUGGAGGUGGCUUUUCAGGCUUGACUGCCCACCA